CUAGCUCUGCCAAGUGGGUCAAAUAUCACGGGUCAGGCGUGGGGAGGGUGACUGGGCGGGUCUGUCGAUAUAAAUCCUGGAGCUUCUGCAUCCAUCGAGAGACGCCUGGCCAUCGUCAGCUGGAGAGGCACGAAGGCCCCUGCACCUGCCCCGGACGCUAGGCCCUGAAGUGAGUCUGACCACUCAGCUCUCCACCGGCACACCCCGACCGCGCCUGCAGACCUGAGCCAUUGAUGGGCUGGGACAAGGCCCGGUUCGAGCACCUGGGAGCGUGGGCUCCUGUGCUGGCUGUCCUCCUCCUGGGAGCCUGCCAGGCAUACCCCAUCCCUGACUCCAGCCCCCUCCUACAAUUCGGGGGCCAGGUCCGGCAGCGGUACCUCUACACGGACGACACGCAGGACACAGAAGCCCACCUUGAGAUCAGGGCCGACGGCACCGUGGUGGGGGCCGCCCACCAAAGCCCGGAAAGUCUCCUGGAGCUGAAAGCCUUGAAGCCGGGGGUCAUUCAAAUCCUGGGAGUCAAGACCUCCAGGUUCCUGUGCCAGAGGCCAGACGGGGCCCUGUACGGCUCGCUUCACUUCGACCCCGAGGCCUGCAGCUUCCGGGAGCUGCUUCUCGAGGAUGGAUACAACAUUUACCAGUCUGAGGCUCGUGGCCUCCCCCUGCGCCUGCCGCCCCAUGACUCCCCACAUCGGGACCGGACCCCUCAGGGACCAGCUCGUUUCCUGCCGCUGCCUGGCCUGCCCCUGGUUCCUCCAGAGCUGCCAGGGGUCCUGGCCCUUGAGCCCCCCGACGUGGGCUCCUCAGACCCGCUGAGCAUGAUGGGGCCCUCGCAGGGCCAAAGCCCCAGCUACGCUUCCUGAAGCCAUGGGCUGUUAAUUAGGGCUCCUCUCCUUAUUUAUUGGGUUAUUUAUAUUAUUUAUUUUUUAUUUUUCUUACUUGGAUAAUAAAGAGUCAAAGGGAAGAUA